AUGAGUCUCCUAAAGAUCGCCGUAGCGGGUAUUUUUGCCAUUCCAGCUCUGCUUGUCAGUAUCGUGACGGCUCCUUUGAUUGCCGUGUUGUCUCUGCCUUCUUUGGCACUACUUUGCUUUCAGUCGUCGGAAGCACCACAAUCAAAAAAGGACACUGCCAAUUCACCAACCAAAGAUCAUGCCAUUAUCAGUGGUGGAAGUACCGGCAUUGGAUUUUCCAUUGCACAGGAUUGUGUCCAACGAGGCAUGACCCAAGUCACCAUUAUGGCACGCACCAAAUCCAAAUUGGAAGCUGCCGUCCAAAAAUUGGAAGAUAUCAAACAACGUGUUGGUUCCAAGACUACUAUUUCCUAUCGAUCCGUCGAUGUGUCCGAUGCUCCCGCCGUUCAAGCUGUUGCCAAGGAACUCGCUGGCACUGGCGAUCAUCAAGGAGGAGAGACGAAAUACUACUUGUUCUGCUGCGCGGGAAUGGCCUAUCCAGGGUAUUUUGAACACAUUUCGCACGACAAGUUUGCCCAUUGCGUCAACGUCAAUCAACUGGGGACCAUCUUUACCGUUCAAGCCUUCUUGCCACACAUGACACAUGCCGUCAUUGUCUUGACAUCCAGUCUCGCCGGACAAGUGGGGGUGUACGGGUACACGGCGUACAGUCCUACCAAAUUUGCCUUGAGAGGAUUUGCCGAAGUCUUGCACGCCGAAUUGGCCGACAAUCCACAGGUUCACAUUCAGGUCGCCUUUCCACCCGACACGGAUACACCUGGCUUUCAAGAAGAAGAAAAAACCAAACCCAAAGAAACCAAACUCACCAGUGAAGACGCCGGAUUGUCCAAACCAGAGGAUAUUGCCAAUCAAAUGGUCAAGGCGGCAUUGGCACCCAAUCCAGCAUUUUUGGUGUACUUUACACUGGAAGGAUGGAUGCUGUCGGCAUUAACAGCCGGGAUGAGUCCUGUAUCCACAUUGGUAGAUGCCGUCACACAGGUAUCGCUGGGAGGCCUCUUCCGAUUGAUUUCAUUGUUCUACUUGAACGAUUGGUGGCGUAUCAUUCGGCAAUGUGCACAAGAACGGAUCGACAACAAUCAAGAAAAACCGCGACCGUCAGCAGGAGAUAGUGCUAAUAAUAGCAACAGUAAGUCCAGUGACAAAAAGAGUGAUUGA